AUGCUGCGGACCCUCCUGGCCCUCCUCCUAUUCCAGGCGUCUGGGCUCCUUGCCUCUACAAGCGCCACUUGGACCACUGAAGAGCCCAUCCAUCACCAGUAUGCCCGACUCGGGGCCUCCACGGUGGUCUUGUCUUGCCCUGUUCCAGAAGGCGGAUCCCAGGUGGGAUGGAAAAAUCACAUUACCUCGGAGACAGUCUUGAACGGGGUGCAGAGAGAUGGCAGCCUCGUCUUGCAGAAUGCCAGUUUGGCCCAGGAAGGGGAAUACAGCUGCCAGGAUGGCACCACAGGACAGACCCUGCGAAGGAUUCGUCUCCAGUUGGGCUAUCCUCCCGAGAAGCUAUCGAUCCACUGCAGAUCCGUUAGCUACCCGUCGGUCAAUUGUUCCUGGACUUUGGAAACUGACACCCGUCUGCCCACGUCUUUCUUUGCCAGCUACAGGCACGGCUUAAUGGAAGAAGUCCAUCAGUGCAUACAACCCGUUGCAGGGAGCCACAGUUGCAGUAUGACCGCCUUGCAGAUGUUCUCCACCGAUCCCUACAGGCUCAACGUGACAGCUGUGAAUCCGCUGGGGACAGCCAGUCAUUUCUCCCUAGUUUCCCCGGAUCAGAUCAUCCGGCCAGACCCUCCAGAAAACGUAAUGGUCUCCCCAAUCCAAGGGAAGACGAAUACAUUGCUUGUGCAAUGGAAGGCUCCUAGUUCCUGGUUAUAUCCUGAAUAUUUUCCCCUGAAAUAUGUCAUGCGUUAUUCGAGGGACGGAUCCAGGCAGAUCAGAACGAUCAGGCCAAUCGAGAAGACCUCCUUUACCCUCAGUGGGAUCCGUUCUGGUGUAAAGUACCACAUCCAAGUAGCCGCGAAAGACUUCCUGGAUAACGGAGAAUACAGCGCCUGGAGUCUUCUAGCCUCUGGGGCGUCCUGGGAGCCGGAGUGAGG